AUGGAUUCAUUGGAGAAGUAUGACGCUUCAGCUGAAGAGAUCGAUCUCAGAGGAAAGCAGAUAUCUAAAAUAAGUUUCACAAAAUUAUGCCGUUUCACAAAUCUGAAGGCAUUAUACCUGGGAAAAAACAACUUGUCAGCUCUACCAGACAAAAUAUCAACGCUUCAACAUUUAAAAAUACUAGACAUAUCACAAAACAAAUUUGAUAACAUUCCAUCAUGUGUACUGAAACUGAAGUCACUGAAGAUAUUAGACGUAGAAGGAAAUAGCGUUACAUCUUUACCGCCUGAGAUAUCUCAACUUAACCAGUUAGAGAAGUUGAAUGCAUCAUGUAAUCAGAUAAAAACAGUUCCUGAUGCGGUAUAUAAACUGAAGUCUCUUACAGAAUUGAACGUGGGGAACAACUUGAUAACAACUCUGUCAUAUUCCAUCUCUCAGCUACAAAAUUUGGAGAUACUGGUAGUGUCUGACAACAACCUGCAAGAAGUCCCAAAUAAUCUAUACCACCUCAAUAAACUAAAGUUACUAGACAUACGAGGUAAUAACAUAUCAUCUAUAGCGACAGAAAUUUCUAAACUCAAGCAGUUAAACACGUUGAUUGUUUCUUGUAACAACCUUCGUAAAAUUCCCAAUGAUGUGUACCAACUAAGAAAAUUGAAGAAAUUCGACAUGAGAGGUAAUAAAAUAACAACUGUCACGUCUGAUAUAUCAAAACUUGAUCAGUUAGAAAUACUGAUUGUUUCUAGUAAUAAACUUCACACAAUCCCAUCUGAUAUAUACCAACUGAGGAAGCUAAGGGAACUGGAUGUGGGGAGUAAUGACAUAAGAAUACUACCAGACAUUUCUCAACUUAAAAAGUUAGAGAUACUGAAUUUAUCAUGCAACCAUCUAGAAAAAAUUCCAAGUUCCAUAUACAAACUCACGUGUCUGAAAGAACUGAACGUACAGAGUAACAGUAUAACGUCAAUUUCAACCAAUAUCUCUGAACUUAGAAGUUUGGAAAUGUUGAAUGUGUCGAAUAACAAACUACACGAGAUCCCCCCUACAGUAUGCAAACUCAAGACACUGAAGAAACUAGACAUGGGAAAUAAUCGAAUCACAUCCCUACUGCCUGAAAUUGCUCAGCUCAAUCAGUUGAAAUCACUGGUUAUAUCUGGCCACAGUCUACAGGAAAUCCCAUCAUCGGUGUAUCAACUCAAAAUGCUGACAGAAUUAGAUGUUGGAAAGAAUAUGAUAAGGUGUAUAUCCUCUGAUAUGUCUAAUAAACUUGACCAGUUGGAGAAACUGGUUUUAUCUGAUAACCAAAUAGAAGAAAUCCCUACCUCGUUAUACCAACUCAAAUCGCUCAAGGAAUUGGAUAUGAGGAAAAAUAAAAUAUCAUCUCUAUCAGCUGAUAUAUCAAAACUAGAAAACUUGGAGAUUUUGAACAUAUCUGGUAACAUAUUAGAUGAGGUUCCUGCGUCAGUGUAUCAACUACGUAAACUAAAAAAGUUAGACAUGCGAAGUAAUAUGUUAACAGAAAUAUCUUCUGAAAUUUCGAAACUUGAAUGGUUGGAGAUAUUGGUUGUGUCAAAUAACAAAUUACAGGAUUUACCAAUCUCGGUAUAUAAACUCGGGAAUCUUAAGAAAUUGGAAAUUGAGGGUAAUAAACUCAAAUACGUGUCACCAGAAAUCUUCCAACUGCAAAAGUUGGAAACAUUAAUUGUAUCUGGCAACAAUCUACAGGGAAUUCCAAAUGCUCUAUACAAUCUUCGAAAGUUAAAGGAAUUGGACGCGAGAAACAAUAAAAUAACUUAUCUAUCAGCUGAGAUUUGCCAGCUUAAACAGUUACAGCGAUUGGUAGUAUCUGGCAACAUAUUACACGAAAUACCAACAUCUAUUUGCAAACUCAAGAAACUGAAAGAAAUAAACGUGCGAAGUAAUGCGCUCACGUCUUUACCACAAGAAAUUUCUCAGCUAACACAGUUAGAAGUGCUGAUUGUUUCCUGCAAUAAACUACCAAAUGUUCCACCUGUUGUUUAUAAACUGAAGGGAUUAAAGAAGCUGGAUAUUGGAAAUAAUAUAAUAUCGUCCAUACUACCUGAUAUUCAUGAACUAAACCAAUUACAGGUAUUAAAUGUAUCAUAUAACCAGUUACAAGAUGUAACACCCAAUAUUUAUCGACUCCGACAGUUAAAGAGAUUAGAUUUGCAACACAAUAAAAUAACAUCGCCACUACCAGAUGUUUCGAAACUACAAGAAUUAGAGGUACUGGAUAUAUCUGACAACAAACUGCAGGAACUGCCACCUUCACUUUAUCAACUGAAGUCUAUGAAAGAAUUGAAUGUGGGAAGUAAUGAGAUAAUAUCGCUGUCAUCUGAUCUAUCUCAACUGAAACAGUUAAGAAAGAUCAAUUUGUCUCACAACCAGAUGAACGCAGUGCCAGCUGCUAUAAAUCAACUUAGUCAAUUAGAGGAUUUGAAUAUGUCCAACAACAAUAUGACCAAACUGUCUGGCAUAUCACAUCUUAAACAUUUAAAGAAGCUGAAUAUAUCUUUCAACCAAGUGCAGGAAGUACCUUUUUCUCUAUGUAAAUUACACCAAUUAAAGGUGCUUAAUGUAGCCUCCAACAAUAUAAGCACACUCCCAGAAAAUAUAAGUCAUCUCAGCAAACUUAAGGUGCUAGACAUACGAGACAAUCACCUGGGAAAGAUACCAAAACCAGUACAAAACCUUCCAAAGUGUCUUGUAAAGCUUGAUGGUAAUCCAAUGAAUCUAGAAAGUGACAAUGAGAGUAGAAUGUCCAGCCCAUACUCCACAAAUUCAUACAGCAGCUUCACUAGUGACAGUGAUGAUGAGGAUUCUUAUACACAGUUUGUAAUACAUGGCAAUGUCAAGGAAUCAAAGGACUAUUGCCUAGGUGAUGGCUUUUUCUUGAGGAUACCCCCAAGAGCAACCAAGGAUGAUGUUGAAAUACAGGUGUUCAGCAUAGACGAUGUCACAAUGGACGGAAAGAAAGGUUACAGGUGGCCUGAAUCGAAAGUCAUUGAAAUUAAAUUGAAACGUCCCUUGUCAUUAUCCAAACCAGUUAUAAUUGGGUUUAACUAUAUAUCCGAAAAUACAACAAAUGAAGUUAUGAUUCUGCACAGUGAUGAUGGUGAGACAUGGAAUGAAACAUCCACGAUCAAGGACAGUAACACACUUAUCACAGAGAUAACCAAUUUUGGAUCAUUUAUGGUUGUAUCAAGACCUGUUAGCGAUUCAAUCAGUAUUGACUCUGAGGGCUUAACAUGGAAAUCAGAUGCAGCAAAGGACACCUCUUUGGAAAUUCGACCAAACAGCACCAACACAAACAUGCGCUUGAAUAUAGAGGUUCACCAACCCGACACUGCUCUUGUUGAAAACAUAACUAAAACCGACAGGAAUACAUUCAUAUCGUUUAGUCCUGUUUUAGUAGCAAAUGCGCAGGAAAAAGGUAACACCAAACUAAACGAGUCUGCAAUCGUCACCAUCCCUAAACCACCAAUCCUGCAAAAUAUGAAAGACAGUUUGUUGAAGAUUCUUGAGGACAUAGAUGGCAGUUGUCGAUGGAAAGAUAUCACAAUUCAAACCAAAUACACUACAAGUGGUGGAAGUGUGUCAUUUGAAACUGACUAUGUAGCCAGUCAUACAGCCGUACAUAUAAGUGAAACUCUUGAAGACGACGUUCAAAAUGUAUGCAGUGAGGUUGUCAUGAAUGUUCUACAGGGAAAACACAUGAUGAACAUACUACUUUUACAGCAGAAAACAGACCGCCACGAAAUGGUUGUCAAUUUAGUAGAAAAGUCGAAAUUAGAAAAUCAAGUGAAACUAUUCAAAGAAAGGGGCUACGAAACUGGUCUUGUUCAGUUUAGUCGUGAUAUACAGAUGGCUAACGGUGGUCUGGUUUCACUGAAUGUCUCUGAUCAGUUCCGCAUUGUAACAAAAACAAAGUGUGGGCAUUUCUAUCCAUCCCAUACGUACAAUCACUGGAACGUGCGAGUAGAACCAGAAGCAGAACUCCCGGGCCUUGGCACCUCUUUUGGACAUAUGCAAUUCUAUAAGGGACAAUUAAAAAGGACUCAUGGUAAUAUUAAAAAUGAAUUAUUGGCAGAACUGGGAUUUUCUCUUCCAGGCAGUGGGAUCCACUCCCGGGUGGUCACCUCUACACUUGAGAAAGCUAUCAAUAUCGUUGCUGAUAAAUUACCAGUUAAUGACUGGAAAAACUUUGGUCGACAGAGGCUCGAACUUAUUGGGAACGAAAUCGAUCAUAUAGUUGAAGACAACCCUUUCAAAGUGAGGGAGCAGAAAUACCAGAUGUUGAAAAUGUGGGCUUAUAAGGAUAGUUCCUCGGCAACAUGUGGCAAAUUGGCAGAAUUAUUAGAAGAUCACCAACUGAAAUCGAUUGCUGAAGAGCUUAGGCCAAUGUGUGUGGAAGAUGAACGCUCUUAUGACAGUUACGAUGACGACUUUGAGGAUGACUACGAAGACGACUUUGAAGAUUACGAAGAUGAUUUCGAAGAUUAA